CAUAGACCACCGCAUCACCCUAACAAUCCCCAACACUAUAUAACCAAACCUUUUCUUGCUCGCUAGUCUCCUUCUUUUCCGUCUUCUCUUUCCUUUUUCUUAUUAUCAUUCCGUUGCGGCCUUCGAUUAACACAGCAAGGUCAAAACAAGCAAUUAAACCUGUAAAAUGGUUAGAGCAUACUCACAAGAGCACACUUACAAGCACCCAUGGGAACGAGUCACAUCUGCAUCAUGGCGCAAGUUUGCCGACCCAGAGAACAAACGCACCUUAUCACACAUCCUACAAGUUGACACAUUGAACCACAAGCUCGAGUCUGAUUCCGGUAAGCUCUACACCACCCGUGCCAUCACCAUUCAUGCUCCUGGUCCGUGGUUCCUUCGCAAGAUUGUGGGUCAAGAUAUUUGCCAUUGUGUCGAGUCAACUGUUGUUGAUGCCAAAACGCGAUCGAUGCAGCUUGCUACCAAGAACAUUAGUCUGCAGAAAUACGUUGAGGUGGAAGAGAAGAUCAGGUACGAUCCGCACCCAGACAAUCCAACCGGAUGGACACUUUGCAGGCAAGAAACGAGCAUAAGGAUAAAGCCGUUGUCGAAGCUGGCAUCAAUGGCGGAGAAGAUAGAGCAAAAAUGUGUUGAGAAGUUUCAGCAGAACAGUGCCAAGGGUAGGGAGGUUAUGGAGAGGAUGUGCAAGUACUUGGAAGCUGAGUCAUCUUCCAGGGGCAUUUCUGUCUAACUGUUGUAGCUUGUGUUUUCUGUUAAGACGGUUUUUAAGGUCUUAAGAAGGAAAGAUUAGGAAGUCAUAAAUGGAUUCUAAAAUGCCAUUAAGCGUGGCGUUGAUGGUUAAUAAGUGCGGUAGAAAUAGUCAAAUAGGUGCAUAUCAAAGCAUAUGAAAGACAUCAUGGUGUUAAACUGGGCGUGUUCAUGGGUUAGUGGGUCGAGCCAAACAUAAACCAAAACCUGAAGUUUAACAUAAAUUUGAAGUUUUUUCUCUUUA